AUUUUUUCUUAUUUUCCAUCCCCCCCCCCGCCCACGCCCAUUAUUUCUAUUUUCGUGUUUAUCUUUACUUAGUAUUACUGGUUUUUCAUGCUUAGUCUCUCGAUAUGCACGUCUAAGCAGCUAAUAUUCAGCCCAAUCCCACCAACAUCCAAUCUGUUCUCCCUAUACCGUUGCCAGUCCGCCUACUUCAUACGUGGUUGGACCGCGCAAUCGUAGAAACUGCACUUUGCUAUUACUUCCCCUCACCCGACUACAGGUGCGAGGGGUGUCUAUGCCCAAGCCAGUCAGAUAUUGACCCCGUUGGUCUUGGGGCCACCACUACCUCAAGCCCUGGCCACGACAGACGUGUUUCGCAUCGCACUCCAUUUGAGCCUGUCGCCCUGCCUUGAUCCAGUUCACCGUGCGUCUGCGUGGCUACGUAGUCGACGGUGCGGGCCUAGCAAAACCAUAACAACCACGCAACAGCGGCGGCACCCUGUCUUAUACAUGCUUCUUUGGCUUGUUCUUUUCUUCUUCGUAUGACACACCGACUAAUUCACUGGACACGUCUCUACAAUUUGGAGUCCACAGUACCAUUCUACAUUAGGAGGCUGUCACCAUGGCCGCACCGAUAGACACCUCACGCCCUUUGUCUCCGGACAGCAAUCGCAUCGCCACCUUCUGGAAGACGCUGUUCGGUAAGGGCCAAAGGGGCCACUCCCCGCCCGCACCUUGCUCCGAGCCAGGGCUGUCGCGAGACUCGUCGGUAAGCUCAACCUUCAACCGAAGGGUCUUGCGAAAAGUCGUUCCCGGCCUGCCUAGGGCUAAGACGUUCAGGAGACAACAGUCCGAGGAUAGGAAUAAACUAGAGGCCAUAUUUCCUACUCAGGCUGAACGAAGGGCCGUAUCAGUCGAUAGACGCAUGCAUCUUCAACAUAGCGCCUCUUAUUCUAGUCAACUUUUACCCCACGCGAGCGCUCCCGACCUUUUUGAUGAUACUGGACUGUCUGCUGGCAAAAAUGUCACUGUCCCACAGACCAACUCGGUUUCUCAAACUCCUAUUGAAGAAAAACAAUUCUUCAGCUUCAACGGUCUUGACAUUCCUAGUAUAGUUAGAGAUGAUGACUAUGCACACGACCAAGUACAUGCCUACCCUGAGAAUAUCUCUAUUACCGAUGCACACUCUAUCAACACAGCCCAGUACGACGCUAUGAUACACGAUGAACUAGAACAUAAGUGGAUCUUGAAUCUGAGCAUGCAUUUCCGAGAUAAGUCUAAAAGGGAGAAAUUCUUCGUCACCUAUCGAGAGAAGGACUCGAUCUGGAGGCGAGUAACUAUCUCCCUUGACUAUCGAAAUGCCCCUAGCGAUUCGCUGGAGAAGGAACUUUCUACGAUCAAAUAUCAACGAGAAAAAAGUGCUAAAAUCUAUGAGGCCAUUCGUGAAAGUCUGCAGGACAUUCAAUUCUAUGAUACCGUGACAAACCUCAAGCUCCAGACCGCUGAUGGCAGACUGCAUGUCCAUGUGGUGGAAGACGUUAACGAAAUCGUCCAAUUCCCAACUGUGCGCAUGGUCCAGCAUAUGGGCUGUCGGCGUGUUCGUGAGAGUGAACUUGAAUUUGACUCGCACAUGUCUGGCUUUGUCUACAAGGUUAGAUGUAAUGGGCACACAUUCAUCAAGAAAGAGAUCCCGGGCCCGGAUACUAUAGACGAGUUUCUCUAUGAGGUGAAUGCUCUUCACUCACUGCGAUUCUCCCGAAGCAUUAUCGAGUUCUAUGGUGUAGUUGUCGAUGACGCCGACCAAGUCGUCAAGGGACUUCUCAUCAGCUAUGCCGAGAAAGGGGCACUCAUUGAUGUCAUCUACGACUCUCAAGAACGUGGUGACCAUGAGCUACCUUGGGUUGCUCGAGAGAAAUGGGCAAGGCAGAUUGUCCAAGGACUCUCGGAUAUCCACGAAACCGGCUUUGUGCAGGGUGAUUUCACUCUUUCCAACAUUGUUAUUGAUAGCUUCGGCAAUGCGAAAAUAAUCGAUAUCAACAGAAGAGGCUGCCCAGUUGGCUGGGAGCCUCCAGAGGCAACCCCACUAAUCGACAGCAACCAGCGAAUUUCGAUGUAUAUUGGUGUCAAGUCCGACCUCUACCAACUUGGAAUGGUGCUAUGGGCGUUGGCGGCGCUCGAGGACGAACCCGAGGCGCAUCCUCGACCCCUGUAUUUGAGGCCCGAGUUAGAUGUGCCCUCUUGGUAUCGUGAGAUAGUGGAUAUUUGCCUACACGAGAACCCACGUGUCCGAAUGCAGGCUACCACAUUACUCACUAAGUUUCCCGAGAUAGCUUACGACGAUGCUCAUGAAGAACGGGGCUUGCCAUCGAGCUCUGUGCACAACGGUGCACCGUUCGAGCGCUAUGUAGCGGACAAACAUUACGCCCCUCCAGUUAUCAGGAACGUGGAGCCUCAAAGCAGUAGACCCUGUUCCUCCGAUAGUGGUUCACAGGCGACCUCGCCGAGCUUCUCAGAUGAACCAUCGUACCCACCACGUGGCCGAUCUCCACCCAGCCCUUUGCCGGCUCAUCAUGAUUUAUAUAGCCCGCCCUAUAUUCGCGGAAAUGCGAACUGGCCGGGAGUCCAUGACAUCACAGCUGUGGAUGACGAUCCCGCUGUGGACGAAGCAAUAGUUGGGAGACAGAGAGAUCUUGAAGACAUGACUAGUUUUGCGAAAAUGACGGAAGAACUCGACCAAAUGCAAGAAGACCUCCGCGCUGGGGCUGUUCUGGAAGAUGAACAGACUCAAAAGACGCCGGGCGGUAAUAGCCCAGCAGAAGAUAGUUCGUCAAAACAAGUUGUUGUCGAGCCAAAUGUGGUGGCUGGUAGUCAAGACGAGAAUGCUAUGUCACUAAACGAGGAUGAGUCCAAUGUCUCUAGGCCCGCAUCUGACAUAACGCCGGAUGAAAGUUCAGACGAUACACCAAUCGCGGAAGCGCUGCAACGUGAUCAGAUUCCUGUAGCAGAAGGAUCGUUGGAGGAGGCAACAGACUCUGAAGAAUCAGCCACAGAUGAUGACGAUUCUGAUGUUGAAUACUCCACAGCAGAUGAGCAACCUGCAGCGACAAUAACAUCAAAUACCAAAGAUAAAACAAUGUCCACCAGAGUACGAGAACCACGCGAAAUGGGGUCUCAAACCAACCUAUCAGAUUCAUACGACGAUACAGAUGAUGAAACAGAAGACACGUCACCAACGCGACCCACGGAAGCAAACUUAAUGAAUAGAUCUGGCUUGGCUCCUCAGAAGGAUUCAUCGCCAUUAGAAUCUCAAGGGGAACGGAGCCGGCACGGGUGCUCAGGGUCAUAUCCAAGUGCCUCUGCUACAGAGGCUGCGCGGAACGCCGAAAUUACCGCCUGA